UUACAUUUCAUUUUAUUGAUUUAUUUAUGUAUAUGAGACACUCAGCCGCGAAUAGCGUUGACUGGAACGUGUUAACCCUUUAAGGGCCCCGAGCUGGGAUUUGACAGGAAAUAGGUGAUUUCCUGUGCCACGUUCUGCCUCGUUCUAAUGGAUGGCCUGCCUGCCUGUAGUGAUCACUGCAAUAGCGCCCAACGCUACUCUACACGGCCGUACAGUACCAUAUCUCAGCUGUAACCCAGCCUGAAUGUGGACCUCACAGGGACCUACAGUGGUCAUUUAAAGGCUGUUUACAUGGUCUUCACAAGGCAGGGCUGUGCUUUCACAGGCCACCCUAGUCUCAUGCCAUUGGGAUGUGUGCUGCUGGGCUGUUGUGUAGGCGGGCACCUCCUGCUCACCUCCCUCCGCUUGUCUCCCCUGUAUGUGUUCCCAGGUGGCAGCGAGUCCUCCUGGGACAAAGAGAAGCUCCAGUCUCCCCCCUCCUCCGGCGCUGCCCACGGCCUCGGUCACGCAGGCCUGUCAGGGCAGCACGGCCUGUCCAGCUCCCACCUCAGCUCUCUGCAGCAGAACCACCUACUGGCCAACCGACUGGACCUUCCAUUCAUGAUGAUGCCCCACCCCCUGCUGCCCGUCAGCCUGCCGCCUGCCUCUGUUGCCAUGGCAAUGAACCAGAUGAACCACCUGAACACCAUCGCAAACAUGGCCGCUGCAGCUCAGAUGCACAGCCCCUUGUCCAGAGCAGGAGCGUCUGUCAUCAAGGAGUGUGUCCAGGACAGCCCCUCUCCGGCGCCCUCCAUGGAGGAAGGUCCUCGCCCGGGCUCCCAGCCCUCCUCACACCCCAGCAGCAGUGCCUCCAGCUCCCCAGCCCCACACCAACACACCCCAGACCGCCUGG